AUGUCUUUGGCGGCAGGCCCGGGUCGAGGCGGCGGCGCAGCAGCGCAGCUCCCGGAUGAGCUCCAGCUCGUUGUGGACAAGCACGUAUCGUACAUUCAAAGCCUCGACAGUCGCAGAGAUGAGCUCGAAUACCACCUCACCGAACACUUACGCAUCAGCGGCAUCUACUGGGGGCUGGCAUCAUUGCACCUACUUGGCCAUCCCGACGCACUACCUCGAGAGGGCUUGCUGGAAUAUGUCUUAAGCUGUCUACACGACAACGGAGGCUUUGGCGCAGCACCAGGGCAUGAUCCUCACAUGCUCUACACCGUCUCUGCUGUGCAAAUACUGGCUAUGAUUGAUGGCUUCAAAGAGCUUGAACAGAAGAUACCGAAUGGCAAGAUGAAGAUAGCAAAGUACAUGGCACAGCUGCAGCAGGCAAAUGGCACCUUUGCCGGAGACAGAUGGGGCGAGACUGAUUCACGUUUCCUCUACGCAGCUCUCAAUGCGCUCUCGCUGCUCGGUAUGCUUCCACAUCAACGACCGGAAGAGCCCCCCUUGAUCGACUUGAAUGCCGCCACAGAGUAUGUCAAGGCGUGUCAGAACUUCGAUGGUGGCUUUGGAGUCGCCCCAGGCGCGGAAUCGCACUCGGGGCAAGUGUUCACAUGCCUGGGGGCUUUGGCUAUCGCUGGCGAGGUCGACGCCUAUCUUGGUGAAGAGGGUAAAGAUCGUCUGGGCGCAUGGCUUUCCGAGCGCCAGUUGCCAAGUGGCGGUCUGAAUGGCAGACCAGAGAAGCUCGUAGAUGUGUGCUACAGUUGGUGGGUACUAACGAGUUUGGCCAUGAUUGACCGUCUGCACUGGAUCGACAAAGACAAGCUCAUAAAGUUCAUCCUGCAAUGUCAGGACCCCGACCAAGGCGGCUUUGCUGACAGGCCCGGGGAUAUGGUUGAUGUCUUCCACACUUGUUUCGGAACAGCGGGUCUCAGCUUGCUCGGGCAUCCCGGUCUAUUGGAGGUUGAUCCCGCUUAG